UCAUUUUCUCCCCGGCCCAUAUGGGACACGCACGGGCAAGCUGAUGAAGAAAAGAAACAUUGUAGACAGGACCAACCCCGUCAAUCACGCCCGAAAAAGCUGCCGUGUAUGUACGCAGUACUCCAUAUGGCUUCUCCUAUCCGGCUGAAAAUCUCGGAUUGCCGACAUGCCUUCCUACCUGCCUGCUGCCUCAGUUCCUGGUGCUAUGCUCGGUCGCCUGUCCGAUUUGAGACCAGCUGCGCCGUUCAUGGUGGAAGUUCCAAGAUGGCCCAGCUCCUCACCCCCGCAAGUCUCUUAUACUUGGCUGGGGCCGUGCACGGGCAAUGUUCCGUACGAAGUAUAUACGGAAUAGUCGUACAUGUAUACACUACUUCCUCAGUGAGGUACUUCGUGCAUACAUGUGGGCACCCUUCAGACUGCCGAGGGAGUCCAUCCAUGAUGGACCGAGAUCCAGACAGCGGGCCCAAGGUCGGAAGCGACAUGCAGUGGCUGCAUAAUGUCGACCCAGCAGGAAGGGGUCCAGUACCGAGUUUGCCCCCGUCAUCGAGCCGGGACGGUCUCGCAGUUGGCUGCACAAGUCUUGAAUGCUGUCUUACGGCACCUCACGCAUUGCAAAAGAGCUCGGCCGUUGUGUGGCCCACAGGCUCAGGCGUCACUGGAAUCUCGGGUGCGACAGCACCUGUCUCCGGCGACUGGCGGGGCACAAAAAGGUCUCAUAGGAACAUGCUUCGAAAAGCAUUGCAAGCUCCUCCACCGUAUGCAUGGGAGGUAUGGAUGAACGGACUGUCAUGUGCGCCCCAGCGCUUCCAGGUCACUCGCAAGCUGUGAUUUGCUGGGCAAGACGGGCGUCCAGCUCUUCUAGGUUGCGUGCAUACGAACGCGAACAUGAAAUUACGUGCUCAGAGACACGCGAAACCUGUUCGGAUAGGGCUUUCUUUCUAGGGCGAGCGGCGACUCAUUAAGCCCGCCGGGGUCAGGGU